AUGGUGAAGAAGUUAGAGUUACCCACUGAGAAACACCCGCACUCGUAUAAGCUUCAAUGGUUUAAUAAUAGCGGGGAGAUAAAGGUGACCGAAAGGGUCAAGAUCCCAUUCAGCAUAGGUAAGUACCGCGAUGAGGUCCUCUGUGAUAUCGUCCCUAUGCAAGCCGGCCAUAUUCUACCUGGAAGGCCUUGGCAAUUUGAUCGGGAGGUAAAACACGACAGUCGAGCAAACCAGUACUCUUUCGUAUACGACAAGCAAAAGGUUGUGCGCGCACCCUUGAGCCCAUCUCAAGUUCACGAGAUGCAGCUUAAACUAGCCAAGGAACCCGAACCGAAGAAAGGGAGUUUCUAUCUUAAGGCUAGUCAGGUGGUACAUGUUGUUCAUCAAGAACAGACGGUGUUGCUCUUGGUCUUCAAAGAUCAAUUGAGCCUCCGUACGGAGACAUCGAUGUUGAGUCCCGCUAUUAGUCAACUCUUAGAGCACUAUAGCGAUGUAUUUCCGGACGAGAUUCCGGUGGGACUACCGCCUACACGUGGGAUCGAGCAUCAGAUCAAUCUGGUGCCGGGAGCACCAUUACCUAAUCGGCCCGCAUACCGGAUGAACCCCGAGGAAAUCAUAGAGCUCGAGAAGCAGGUUCAAGAGCUUAUGAACAAGGCUUACAUCUGA